AGCGCCGGUCGGCAGCACUCGGGCCGGCAGAACGGAGCGCGCCGCCAGAGCUUCGAGACACGCGUCCUUCGUCAGCCAGCCAUGAGGUCCCUCGCGGCGGCACUGGCCCUGUUGGCCCUGGUGCACCACGGCGCAUGCCAGGGCCGCUCGGAGAACCCGUGCAAACGGCGCGGCGGCACCAGCGCGCACGAACAGUACUGUGACAAAUUCUACGAGUGUGUCGGCAACGACGAGGUGCUGGUGCGCGACUGUCCCAACGGGCUGGUGUACGCCGGCCGGCAGGCCCAGGUGGACGUGUGCGGCUACGAGCACGAGUACCCGUGCGACGUCGCCCAGUUGCGCAACGCGCCCAUUCCGACCGAGCACUGUGACUGGCUGUACGGCAUCUUCGGCCACGAGACCUCCUGCACGCGCUACUGGACCUGCUGGAACGGCACCUCCGUCGAGCAGUUCUGCAUCGGCGGCCUGCUCUACAACGAAAAGACACACGCCUGCGACUGGCCCGAGUUCGUGGCUGACUGUCAGAAGCACCCGCUGUGCGCCGAGGAUGCCAACGGUAACGUGCCGCUGGGCAAGUCUUGCGAGCGUUACUGGAGCUGCCAGGGCGGCUACCCGCGGCUUAUGCGCUGUCCGGCCACGCUCGUUUUCGACAAGAUCUCGCGCCGCUGCGUGCACCCUCCGACGGACGACUGCGACAUUCCGCCGACCGAGGCUCCCGAGCCGGCCGACGAGCAGCGGCCGCAGCAGGGCGGCCAGCAGCGGCAGCAGUUCGUGAGCGGCAACCGCGGCCGGCGCCCGGUCGGGCAGCCGCGACCAGACCCGGCGCCGCAGCAGCUCGACGUCGAGGAGGACAUCGAGUACAUAUACGAGGACGAGGAGCCGUUCGAGCCGGGCUUCUCGUCGGCGCCGGCGCAGGAUCCGGCGCCGCCGAGCCGCAUCGGCAGCCGGCAGCCGCCGGCGCGAGCCAGCUUCCGUCGGCCGAGCGGCGCCGGCGGCGGCGGCCGCCCGCCGCUCCGGGGGCCCGCCAUUCCGGCCGGCGCCACGCUCGUCAACUGAGCGCCAUCGCCGCCUGCUUGUCUAGUCUGCGCUCCGGCGUCGGCACCGACGCCAUCUCACGCUCCGACUCCGUCUCUUCACCUGGCAGCUGGCACCACGCAGCUCUGUCGCGGGCAGCUGAUCUGCUCGCCGGCGUCUCCCUCCCAGCUCUUUUUGUCUUCUCUCUUUUGCUGUCACCCCGUUGUCCGCAUAUAUCUCAGUGAUUGCUGGGUGGUUUUAUGUACAUUGGUCAGCACUCGAAACUGGGUGCUUCGAGUGCUCAGCACGGCUGAACCUGGAGCGUGGGCUCGAUUGUUGAGAUUUUGUGUUUCAGUUGUUUUCUACAAGAGAUAGUAAUGGGUACCGUCGCAAAUACACAUACGGAUACAGCGAA